AUGUCAGGGGAAAAUGAGCGAAAACAAGAGGAUGACGUCGCUGACAACGACCACAUCGAACGAGCAGAGACGACAGCAACAAACGAUGACGCUGUCUUCUCCAAGUUUCCCAAGAUGGACAAGGUCGAUAAGUUUGGAGCUCACGCAAAGACUGAUCCAAGGGAAAUUGCGUUAGUGAAGAAGCUAGAUAAAUACAUUAUACCCAUGUUGUGGCUCAUGUAUCUCUUCAACUACCUUGAUAGAAACGCAAUCGCCAAUGCACGCCUCAAUAACCUUGAAGAAGACCUCGGUCUAGAAGGCACACAGUAUAAUACUUGUGUUUCAAUUCUUUUCGUCGGAUACAUUGCUGGACAAGUCCCAAGUAACAUGCUCAUCAACAGGGUCAGACCAUCAUGGUACAUGGCUGGCUUUUGUCUUGCUUGGUCAGUCGUCAGUCUUGUAACGUUCCUGGCAAAAGACUAUGGGAGUAUGGUAGCCCUUCGCUUUAUUCUUGGAGUAACCGAGGCUCCUUUCUACCCCGGAGCCUUGUUCAUUCUAAGCAUGUUUUACACCCGCAAAGAGUUGGCUGUUCGACUAGCCAUUUUUUACACCGGAAAUAUGGUAGCUAGUUCGUUCGCGGGCCUCAUCGCAGCUGCUGUGUUUGCUGGUCUUGAUCAAAAGCACGGCCUGGCCGGUUGGCAGUGGCUCUUCAUCAUCCAAGGAGCUCUGUCAAUCUGUACAGCCAUACUAGCAUUUAUAUUCUUGCCAGAUCAUCCUUUAACGACACGUUGGUUAUCCGAAGACGAGCGACAACUAGCCUACAACCGCAUCUACACUGACACAACCGACGUCCGCGAGAAAACAAGCGUAUGGGUCGGUCUUCGCGAGUCAGCCUCUGAUUGGCGAACAUGGGCACUAUGUCUCAUGUACAACCUCCAUCUCUCCUCGGUCGGCUUCCAAAACUUCCUCCCGUCAGUGAUGGAGACAUUAGGCUACAACCGAACAAUCACUCUAAUUUUAACAUGCCCGCCUUAUCUCCUAGCCGCUAUCGUCGGUAUAGUCAUGGCAUGGACUUCGGGCCGAUGGAACGAGCGCACCUUGCACAUUACCAUCUGCAAGUGCAUCGUAAUGGUAGGCUUCAUCAUCGCUGUCUCAACGCUCAAUCUUGGCGCCCGGAUGUUUAGCAUUUACCUUUUUGUUGGUUUCAGCUUUGGUAUUAACAAUAUUAUCUUGGCUUGGAUAAGCGCUACUGUGGGACAAACUAGUGAGAAAAAGGCUGUGUCACUGGCGAUUUGCAAUACGUUUGGAAACCUUGCUCAUGUCUACACGGCUUAUUUGUGGCCAUCCUCUCAUGAGCCGAGAUACACUGUGGCUUGGGUUGCGAGUAUUGCUUUUUCGUUGGGUGUUGUUGUUAUUGCUUGGGGCUUAAAGACUCAGUUGAAAAAACAGAACGAGAAGACAAGAAGAGAACAACCAGAGGUCACCAACUUCUAUGUUUACUGA